CAGCAAGCGCUGGAUAUUCUAUUUAAAAUGUACAGAUCCCUCCGCCCUAACUGUGAGGAAGAUGAGCAAGUGAAGAACACCCUGUGUUCCAUCUUCACCCUGUGGAUGGACUUUUCCCCUGACGAUUUCUACGAGCCCAGGAACCGAGACGCCCUGAAUGAACUCAUGCGCUACGCGAUGCUCAACAUGCCCUCCUCCGACCUGCUGCUCCGCUUGCACAUUCUCCUUGAGCAGCUGGAGGAGCCCGGGGCCGGGCAGCCCGAGGACAGGGGGAGCACGUCACUGUGUGGACUCCCGAGAGCCUGUGAGUGGGGAGGGGACCUGGGCCCCCGGGGAUGGCCUCCCAGGCUGGUGAUGAGCGAGGAGCCCUUGGCCCUGCCCGCGUUGCAAGGCGUCCUGUCAUGGAUGUUCCCUGCCAGGUCGCGUCUCGCUUCCUUCUCCUCAAAGUUCAGGCUCCAGUUCUACAGCUCGCUCCCUUAG